GUGUGGUGGGAUUGGUACUGAUGGGUGGUGGGAUUGGAGGAAUAUGUUGGUUUACCAUUAUUCUUUUUGCACUUGUAUCGGGACCGAAAUCAUACGCGUGUGAUGCGUGCGAUUUGUACCAAGGAAGAUGGGUGUACGACGAGUCGUAUCCCUUGUAUGAUUCAUCAAAAUGUCCACACAUUCGAAGGGAAUUCGACUGCAUCAAGUACGGCCGCCCUAAUCUAAACUACCUCAAGUUCAGAUGGCAGCCCACCAAUUGCAACUUGCCCAGAUUCAAUGCUAAAGAAUUCUUAACAAAAAUGAGUGGAAAGAAAAUAAUGUUCAUCGGAGAUUCAAUAAGCGAAAAUCAAUGGCAAUCGAUGAUGUGUCUUCUUCGUACUUCUUUGCCGCCACAAUCUAUUAUCAAUGAACAAACCGUCAACUCAACAACAACUGCCACAUUUGAGGAUUAUGGAGUUUCGAUUUCGGUUUUCUUGUCUCAUUAUUUGGUUGACAUUGUGGAAGAGAAAAUAGGUCGUGUAUUGAAACUAGAUUCCAUCUCAAACGGAGAUGUAUGGAAGGAGAACGACGUUUUGAUCUUUAAUACUUGGCUUUGGUGGUAUCGUCGAGGAGAAAAACAACCAUGGGACUAUAUCCAAAUUGGCACAAACAUUACGAAGGACAUGGAUAGAAUGGUUGCUUUUCAAGAGGGUUUAAACACUUGGGCGAAUUGGGUAAAUACAAAAAUAGACAGCGAGAAAACCACGGUGUUUUUCCAAGGAGUUUCUCCACCUCAUUACAAUGGGUUGGAGUGGAAUGAGCCUGGUGUGACAAAUUGCGCCAAGGAAACACUUCCAAUGAACGGAUCAACGUACCCUGGCGGCGUACCUAGAGCCGAGAUGGUGGUGGAGCAAGUUCUGAGUGGUAUCACAAAACCAGUGUCAUUGCUAAAUAUAACAAGACUAUCUCAAUUAAGAAAAGAUGCACACCCAGGCAGGUUUAAUAAUUUCAGGAUGGAUUGCACACAUUGGUGUGUUGCCGGUCUUCCAGACACAUGGAACUUACUUCUAUCUGCUGCUCUUGUUUGAACCACAUUUUUGGUUAUAUUAUAUGUUUAAGCAUUUUUGUUUUGCAAGAAAUAACAAUCUAUGGAUGUAACUUAACUACUUGAUCAAUUACAAGAUAUUCAAGCUUGCAUCCAUUUAGUA